UCUUCUGGAGGGAUGGAAGCCGCUGUGCUCCUGUGGCUGCUGCUGCCACUGCUUUCAACUGCAGCCCUGGGCUCGGGGACUGGGACGGGCCCGCGCGCGGGAUCGCCGGCUGUGGGGCCACCGCUGCAGCCCCGGGAGCCGCUCAGCUACUCGCGCCUACAGAGGAAGAGUCUGGCGGUGGACUUCGUGGUGCCUUCGCUCUUCCGAGUCUACGCCCGGGACCUGCUGCUGCCGCCGUCCCCCUCGGAGCUGAGGGCUGGCCGACCUGAGGCUCGAGGCUCGCUGGCUCUCGACUGCGCCCCGCUGCUCAGGCUGCUGGGGCCGCCCGGGGUCUCCGGGACCGCGGGAUCCAGCCCGCCGGCCCCGGCCGCGGCCCGCACGCUGUCCAGGGUGCUGAAGGGCGGCUCGGUUCGCAAGCUCCGGCGCGCCAAGCAGCUGGUGCUGGAGCUGGGAGAGGAGGCGAUCCUGGAGGGUUGCGUCGGGCCCCCAGAGGAGCCAGCUGUCGGGCUGCUCCAGUUCAACCUCAGCGAGCUGUUCAGCUGGUGGAUUCAUCACGGCGAAGGGCGGCUGAGGAUCCGCCUAAUGCCCGAGAAGAAGGCGUCGGAAGUGGGCAGAGAGGGACGGCUGUCCGCGGCGAUCCGCGCCUCGCAGCCUCACCUUCUCUUCCAGAUCUUCGGGACCGGUCAUAGCUACUUGGAGUCACCAACAAACAUGCCUUCUCCUCCUCCUGAUUAUUUUGUAUGGAAUCUGACCUGGAUAAUGAAAGAUUCCUUCCCUUUCCUGUCUCAUCGCAGCCGAUAUGGUCUGGAGUGCAGCUUUGACUUCCCCUGCGAGCUGGAAUAUUCCCCUCCACUGCACGACCUCAAGAACCAGAGCUGGUCUUGGCGCCACGUUCCCUCGGAGGAGGCCUCCCAGAUGGACUUGCUGGACGGGCCCGAGGCAGAGCGUUCCAAGGAGAUGCCCAGAGGCUCCUUCCUCCUCCUCAACACCUCAGCAGACUCUAAGCACACCAUCCUGAGCCCCUGGAUGCGGAGCAGCAGUGAGCGCUGCACGCUGGCCGUCUCUGUGCACAGGCACCUGCAGCCCUCGGGGCGGUACGUCGCCCGGCUGCUGCCCCACAACGAGGCCGGAAGAGAGAUCGUCCUGGUGCCCACUCCAGGGAAGCAUGGAUGGACUUGUGUGCAGGGCAAGCUGGGAAUGCCUAAUCCGCCAUUUACUGUUGCUCUGCACAGCUUAUCUGCAUUGAACUCGGACUUGGGGAAAGUCUUUUUCUUUCUUGUUCAAAAUUGCUCUCCAGGAACAACCCCGGGCUCCAAGAUGGCCCUGCAGAGCUCCUUCACUUGUUGGAAUGGGACAGUCCUUCAGCUCGGGCAGGCCUGUGACUUCCACCAGGACUGUGCCCAGGGAGAAGAUGAGGGCCAGCUAUGCCGUAAACUCCCUGCUGGUUUUUACUGCAACUUUGAGGAUGGCUUCUGCGGCUGGACCCAAGGCACUCUCUCACCCCACACUCCCCAGUGGCAGGUCAGGACCCUAAAGGAUGCCCCGUUCCAGGACCACCAAGGCCGUGCCCUGUUGCUCAGCACCACUGAUGUCCCCGCUGCUGAAAGUGCUACGGUGACCAGUGCUACGUUUCCUGCACCGAUGAAGAACUCUCCGUGUGAGCUCCGGAUGUCCUGGCUCAUCCGUGGAGUCUUGAGGGGAAACGUGUCCUUGGUGCUGGUGGAGAACAAAACCGGGAGGGAACAAAGCAGGAUGGUCUGGCAGGUUGCCGCCAGCGAAGGGUUGAGCCUGUGGCAGUGGACGGUGCUGCCUCUCCUCGACGUGUCUGACAGGUUCUGGCUGCAGAUGGUCGCAUGGUGGGGGCAAGGAUCCAGAGCCACCGUGGCUUUCGACAACAUCUCCAUCAGCCUGGACUGCUACCUCACCAUCAGUGGGGAGGACAAGAUGUCACAGAAUGCAGCACCCAAAUCAAGAAAUCUGUUUGAGAGAAACCCAAACAAGGAGCCAAAACCCACGGAAAAUAUACCAAGACAGACACACAUCUUUGACCCUACAGUUCACUGGCUGUUCACCACGUGCGGGGCCAGCGGGCCCCACGGCCCCACCCAGGCCCAGUGCAACAACGCCUACCAGAACUCCAACCUGAGCGUGGUGGUGGGGAGCGAGGGCCCACUGAAGGGCAUCCAGAUAUGGAAGGUGCCAGCCACCGACACCUACAGCAUCUCUGGCUACGGAGCCGCUGGCGGGAAAGGCGGGAAGAACACCAUGAUGCGGUCCCAUGGCGUGUCUGUGCUGGGCCUCUUCAACCUGGAGAAGGACGACACGCUGUACAUCCUGGUCGGGCAGCAAGGGGAGGACGCCUGUCCCAGUACAAACCAGUUAAUCCAGAAAGUCUGCAUUGGGGAGAACAACGUGAUAGAGGAAGAAAUCCGCGUGAACAGGAGCGUGCACGAGUGGGCAGGAGGAGGAGGAGGUGGGGGCGGAGCCACCUAUGUAUUUAAAAUGAAGGAUGGAGUGCCCGUGCCCUUGAUCAUUGCAGCUGGGGGUGGCGGCAGGGCCUACGGGGCCAAGACAGACACGUUCCACCCAGAAAAACUGGAGAAUAACUCCUCCGUGCUAGGGCUCAACGGCAAUUCCGGAGCCGCAGGUGGUGGAGGUGGCUGGAAUGAUAACACUUCCUUGCUCUGGGCUGGAAAGUCUUUGCUGGAGGGUGCCACCGGAGGACAUUCCUGCCCCCAGGCCAUGAAGAAGUGGGGGUGGGAGACCAGAGGGGGUUUCGGAGGGGGUGGCGGGGGGUGCUCCUCCGGUGGAGGAGGCGGAGGAUAUAUAGGUGGCAACGCAGCCUCAAACAAUGACCCUGAAAUGGACGGGGAGGACGGGGUUUCCUUCAUCAGUCCGCUGGGCGUCCUGUACACCCCGGCUUUAAAAGUGAUGGAGGGCCACGGGGAAGUGAAUAUUAAGCAUUACCUAAACUGCAGUCACUGUGAAGUAGACGAAUGUCACAUGGACCCCGAGAGCCACAGGGUCAUCUGCUUCUGUGACCACGGGACGGUACUGGCCGAGGACGGUGUCUCCUGCAUUGUGUCGCCCACCCCAGAGCCCCACCUGCCGCUCUCGCUGGUGCUCUCCGUGGUGACCUCCGCCCUCGUGGCCGCCUUGGUCCUGGCUUUCUCUGGCAUCAUGAUCGUGUACCGCCGGAAGCACCAGGAGCUGCAGGCCAUGCAGAUGGAGCUGCAGAGCCCUGAGUACAAGCUGAGCAAGCUCCGCACCUCGACUAUCAUGACUGACUACAACCCCAACUACUGCUUUGCCGGCAAGACCUCCUCCAUCAGCGACCUGAAGGAGGUGCCGCGGAAAAACAUCACUCUCCUGCGGGGUCUGGGCCAUGGCGCAUUUGGGGAGGUGUAUGAAGGCCAGGUGUCCGGAAUGCCCAGCGACCCCAGCCCCCUGCAAGUGGCUGUAAAGACGCUGCCCGAGGUGUGCUCAGAACAGGAUGAGCUGGAUUUCCUCAUGGAAGCCCUGAUCAUCAGCAAAUUCAACCACCAGAACAUCGUGCGCUGUAUUGGGGUGAGCCUGCAGGCCCUGCCCCGGUUCAUCCUGCUGGAGCUCAUGGCAGGGGGAGACCUCAAGUCCUUCCUCCGAGAGACCCGCCCUCGCCCGAGCCAGCCCUCCUCCCUGGCCAUGCUGGACCUUCUGCACGUAGCUCGGGACAUUGCCUGCGGCUGUCAGUAUUUAGAGGAAAACCACUUCAUCCACCGGGACAUUGCUGCCAGGAACUGCCUCUUGACCUGUCCAGGCCCUGGAAGAGUGGCCAAGAUUGGAGACUUUGGAAUGGCCCGAGACAUCUACAGAGCAAGCUACUACAGGAAGGGAGGCUGCGCAAUGCUGCCUGUUAAGUGGAUGCCCCCUGAGGCCUUCAUGGAAGGAAUAUUCACGUCCAAAACAGACACGUGGUCCUUUGGAGUGCUGCUGUGGGAGAUAUUUUCCCUUGGAUACAUGCCAUACCCUAGCAAAAGCAACCAGGAAGUUUUGGAGUUCGUCACCAGUGGAGGACGGAUGGAUCCACCUAAGAACUGCCCUGGGCCUGUAUACCGGAUAAUGACUCAGUGCUGGCAACAUCAGCCUGAAGACAGGCCCAAUUUUGCCAUAAUUUUGGAGAGGAUUGAAUACUGCACCCAGGACCCAGAUGUGAUCAAUACCGCUUUGCCGAUAGAGUACGGUCCACUUCUGGAAGAGGACGAGAAAGUGCCCAUGCGGCCCAAGGACCCUGAGGGGAUCCCUCCUCUCCUAGUCUCUCCUCAACAGGCCAAGCGGGAGGAGGAGCGCGGUCCGGCUGCCCCGCCUCCUCCGCCCCCCACCUCCUCUGGCAAAGCUGUUAAGAAACCCACAGUGGCAGAGGUCUCUGUUCGAGUCCCUAGAGGGCCGGCCGCGGAAGGGGGACACGUUAACAUGGCAUUCUCUCAGUCCAACCCACCGUCGGAGCUGCACAAGGUCCAGGGAUCCAGAAACAAACCCACCAGCUUGUGGAACCCAACUUAUGGCUCAUGGUUUACGGAGAAACCCACCAAAAAGAACAAUCCUCUAGCAAAGAAGGAGCAACACGAGAGGGGAAACCUGGGGCGCGAGGGAAGCUGUACUGUCCCACCCAGUGCUGCAACUGGCAGACUCCCGGGGGCCUCUCUGCUCCUAGAGCCGUCUUCGCUGACUGCCAACAUGAAGGAGGUGCCCCUGUUCAGGCUACGUCACUUCCCUUGUGGGAAUGUCAACUACGGCUACCAGCAACAGGGCUUACCUUUGGAGGCCACUACUGCCCCCGGAACUAGUCAUUACGAGGACACCAUUCUGAAAAGCAAGAAUAGCGUGAACCAGCCUGGGCCCUGAGCUGAUGCACUCGUUCUCUUCCUGGGAGCCCUGAGCCCAUGGAGGAGGGAGAGGUGACGGCUCCUCCAUAAACCAGAGACCAAAUGUCACUUUUCAUUUUGUGCCAACUUGUUUCGAAGUGCCACAUAAAAAGCUGUAAUUUCAAAAUGCUUUAGAAAGGUUUUGAGCAUGGGUUCAUCCUAGUCUUUCAAAAGAAGAAAAUAUCAUAAAAACGAGUGAUAAAUACAAGGCCCAGAUGUGGUUGCAUAAGGUUUUUAUGCAUGGCUGCUGUAUACUUCCUUAUGCUUCUUUUAAAUUGUGUGUGCUCUGCUUCAACGUAGUCAGAAUUAGCUGCUCAUGUGUUUCAUAGUCGGAGUCAUAGCUGUUUCCCGACCUUGUUGAUGUGGACAUGAACCAUUCGAGGGAGAGGGAACAGAAAUAAAGGAGUUAUCUGUAAUGA